AUGGCUUUCACAAGAAUCAUCCUCGUUACGGUCUUGUUAUCUUGUAUCCAGAUCUUUGUUACAAACGCCCAACCCUAUUUACGGACAGUUGCCCGGUCAGCUAAGUUAGCCCCUAGUAUUGCGAACCAGCAUGUUGCCUACGAUAAUAAUGCGACAAUUGCAAAGCGCAUACCAGCGCAUAGCUGGGACACCCAUAUGCAUGUAACGGAUCCAAAUUAUCCGGAGGUGGCAGGUGCCGAGUACACGCCCGGCUUGCACAAUCUUUCCAACGCCCUGUCGUUCGAAUCGACGAUUGGUAUGAGAAACAUUGUCAUUGUACAGCCCUCGAUAUAUGGCAACGACAAUACUCUCCUUAUCAACGCUCUCACGAAACUCGGUACGCGGCACGGUCGCGGCGUCGUAGGCUUCGAUGCCAAUACAAUCUCUUUCGAAACCUUGCGAGAAUGGGACAAGCUUGGUGUACGGGGCGUGCGAUUGAACAUCAAGUCGAACAACAUCACGCUCACCAAAGCCCAGCUGCAGGCACAGGUCAAACAUUACGCCCAGAUAAUCAAGCCACUCAACUGGGUCCUUGAGCUGUACAUCGGCAUGGAAGAUUUCCCGAAGCUUGAGCCCAUUGUCGCAGACCUCGGUGUCACACUUUCCAUCGCCCACUUUGGCGCGCCAAAUCUGCCGCCUCCUGAGAAUAGAACUAUACCCUUCGAUCCGUAUAGCCUCGUUGGCUUCCAAUCUCUGGUCAACCUAUUGAAAGGCGGCAAUACAUACCUUAAGUUCUCUGGCGCCUAUCGGUUCGACAAGGAUCCGGAGUAUGGCGGAGUCGAGGGUAUUGCACGCGAGUUGUUGAAGUUUGCAGGGGACAGGAUUAUUUUCGCGUCAGAUUGGCCGCACACUAGAUUUGAAGGGUUAGACAUCAGACCUUUUGUUGAGAAGGUACUGGAUUGGACGGAAGAGACGAACUUGAAGGAGAAAGUGUUCAGUAGGAAUGCCCAUGUACUUUGGGACAUUCCCCUUCCUAGAUAG